GCAACUGUAAUGUUAGUUUGGCAAUGACGUCGGUAUUGCAACUUUACCUUGGUCAGCCCAUAGCCCAGACCUUAAAUCAAACAUAUCUAGGACAACUUAAAAAGACGAAUUCAAACCCAAAAUAUAUCAGCUUCUUGUACUCACGGCUGCACGUCACGUUACCACAAUAUGUCAAUUUCCGCAAUUGAUUUACAGACGUACUGUUGACUGUACUCAUUAUGUUAUGACUUCAUCCAUAGAUUUAUUAUUUCAAAAACAAAACAAUCUUUUCGAAAUUAUUUGACACAUGCCAAACCCAACACCAUCAAACACAGGAAAAUAAAUAUAGCACAAAAAAUGGAUACAAAAUAAUUGCCUACAUACCGAUUACAAACCAAUAAAAUGUAACGACGCCUCGCAAAUAACAUCUCCCAUAACAUAGUAUUAUAACUCUCUGAAUAGCUAGCUAAGAUGGGUAAGCCAAAGUUCGAUCCACCGACAAACACUUUCCCGUACAAAAUAUCAAGACGACUGAAUAUCCUGAGCGUGCCGAGGAAGUAUAUAAUUGAUACAGGAGAAGGUAUGCCUGCGUUGACACCGAGAGGUAUCAGGAAGUCUGCCUUGAAUUCUCAGCUGUCUGACAGAGUACAUGAUGCAGCAUGGCCCUAUUUACGUCGAUUCUUGAUCAUCAAGCGAAUGUACAAGCACAGAUUUGAUCAAGAAAGAUUAGAAAGAAUCGACCGAAUGAUAGAAGCAGCGAACACUACGUGCUACAGUAAACUGGCGAAUUGCGUGCUCGAUCUGAAGAAACAAGAUACGAAAGAAGUGAAAAAGAAGAGGGGUUGGUCAGAGAGCGAGUGGAAGAAACACAUGGACUAUAUCAGCCAGAUAGCCGGCCCUAGAAAGGACUUCAGACCACCUCCUGUUAAGAGAGGUCCUGCGAAACCUUUAACCGAAUUAUUGCCAAGAAUCAACCAGAUAUGCUGGCGGCCAGAUUUCAAGGUCUACCGGCGGCUUUCACAGGAAGCGGGGUACCGAAACCCCGUCAAGGUCCCACCCGCUGCCCUGAAGUACGUGAUAUCAGACCGCACGAAAAAGCUAGCUGCUCCCAGAGUUAUACCGCAACCGAUGUAGUAUUAAUACAAUAUUGUUUGAAAGCCGGAUUCACCCUGAAUGCUUUAAGCGUCCUUAUUGCCCCGUAUAAUCGUACUAACGAAUUUGUUUAUUGCAUUGUUACCGAACACCGUCUGUGACGUCACUACAAUGCGUCACAAACUUAUAUUUUCACUGUAAUAUCAAUCGCCGUCGUAAUCGGAUGUACUCA